AGCGGGGGCGCACACGGGCAGCAUUAGCUCAUCGCGGCGGCGGCCGCGGCGCCUCGCAGCCUUUUCUUCCCCGCCGCCGCCUCAGAGCUGCCCUCCGCUCGGCCGCGCCGCUCCCCAGCAGCCUCCAUGGCUCUGUGCAACGGAGACGCCAAGCUGGAGAACGCUGGAGGAGAGCUCAAGGAUGGCCAGCAUCACUACGAGGGAGCUGUAGUAAUACUCGACGCUGGAGCACAGUAUGGAAAAGUCAUAGAUCGUCGAGUGCGUGAGCUCUUUGUUCAGUCCGAGAUCUUCCCUUUGGAAACACCAGCCUUUGCAAUCAGAGAGCAGGGGUUCCGAGCUAUCAUCAUAUCUGGAGGACCAAACUCUGUAUAUGCAGAAGAUGCACCAUGGUUUGACCCAGCAAUAUUUACGAUAGGAAAACCAGUCCUUGGAAUUUGCUAUGGCAUGCAGAUGAUGAAUAAGGUAUUUGGAGGUACUGUGCACAAAAAAAGUGUUAGAGAAGAUGGAGUGUUCAGCAUUACUCUGGAUAAUACAUGUUCACUGUUCAGGGGCCUUCAGAAGGAAGAGCUUGUCCUCCUCACUCAUGGAGAUAGUGUGGAUAAAGUAGCUGAUGGAUUCAAAGUUGUUGCGCAAUCUGGAAACAUUAUAGCAGGUAUAGCAAAUGAAUCUAAAAAGCUUUAUGGAGCACAGUUCCAUCCUGAAGUUAGCCUUACAGUGAAUGGAAAAAUGAUCUUGAAGAAUUUUCUUUAUGACAUUGCUGGAUGCAGUGGUACCUUUACAGUGGAAAAUAGAGAACUUCAGUGUAUUCAAGAUAUUAAAGAGAAAGUGGGUUCAUCAAAAGUUCUGGUUUUACUCAGUGGAGGUGUGGACUCAACAGUGUGUACUGCUCUCCUGAAUCGUGCUUUAGACCGAGAUCAGGUCAUAGCUGUACACAUAGAUAAUGGAUUUAUGCGUAAAAGAGAAAGUCAGUCUGUGGAAGAAGCACUAAAAAAACUAGGAAUUCAAGUUAAAGUGGUAAAUGCAGCCCAUUCAUUCUAUAAUGGUACAACAACUCUGCCAAUCUCUGAUGAGGAUAGAACUCCACGUAAAAGGAUUAGCAAGACCUUGAAUAUGACUACAAGUCCUGAAGAAAAGAGAAAAAUUAUCGGUGACACCUUUGUUAAGAUUGCCAAUGAAGUUAUUGGGGAAAUGAAUCUGAAACCUGAAGAGGUUUUUCUUGCUCAGGGUACCCUCAGACCUGAUCUAAUUGAAAGUGCUUCCCUUGUUGCAAGUGGCAAAGCUGAAGUCAUCAAAACUCAUCAUAAUGACACAGAACUAAUCAGAAAGCUACGAGAAGAGGGUAAAGUAAUAGAACCACUGAAAGACUUCCACAAAGAUGAAGUACGAGUGCUAGGGAGAGAACUUGGUCUUCCUGAAGAGCUGGUUUCAAGACAUCCCUUCCCAGGUCCUGGUCUGGCAAUCAGAGUGAUAUGUGCUGAAGAACCUUAUGUGUGCAAAGACUUCCCUGAAACAAACAACAUUUUGAAAAUAGUUGCAGACUUUUCUGCAAGUGUUAAAAAGCCACAUACUUUGUUGCAAAGGGUCAAAGCAUGUACAACUGAAGAAGACCAGGAGAAACUGAUGCAGAUUACAAGCCUACAUUCACUGAAUGCCUUCUUAUUACCAAUCAAAACUGUGGGAGUGCAGGGCGACUGUCGUUCAUAUAGCUAUGUUUGUGGGAUCUCUAGUAAAGAUGCUCCACACUGGGAGUCUCUUAUGUUUCUUGCCAGACUCAUACCACGCAUGUGCCACAAUAUAAACAGAGUUGUGUAUGUGUUCGGUCCACCAGUCAAAGAACCUCCUACAGAUGUCACACCCACUUUCCUAACAACAGGAGUCCUCAGCACUUUACGACAAGCUGAUUUUGAGGCUCACAAUAUUCUCAGGGAGUCUGGUUAUGCCGGAAAAAUUAGCCAGAUGCCAAUAAUUCUGACACCGUUACAUUUUGAUCGAGACCCCCUACAGAAGCAACCUUCAUGUCAAAGAUCUGUGGUUAUUCGAACUUUUAUUACUAGCGAUUUCAUGACUGGUAUUGCAGCAACUCCUGGUAAUGAGGUUCCAGAAGAGGUUGUGCUAAAAAUGGUGGCAGAGAUCAAGAAGAUUCCUGGCAUUUCUCGGGUGAUGUAUGACUUGACAUCAAAACCACCAGGAACUACUGAGUGGGAGUAAUUAACUUUUUUUCUAUUGAAGUACUGUGUGCAGUUUAAAUCAUAUCAGAAACCAUUCCCAGUGUUGACAUGCAGUACUGUGAAAAGAGUGACUGGAGCUGCUACAUCACAUCUGAUUCCUCUCCUGGAGCAUAAAUCUGCAGUUAAGAGCUGUGUUGGGGAUAACUAAGUGGGGCUGAGGAUUUGUACGGGUAAAUAAUCAUGGCAGCAUUGCCUGUGCGCAGACAGAUUCCUAUUGCUUUUGCCUUUGUCUUACUGAUUCUUCCUGUUUUCAUGUGUUUUAUUGUUAACUGUCAUUUCAAUGUCUCUUUGUUUUUGUACACCAUGUAAAAGAGACAGUUUAUUUACUUCUACCAAAAUCAUUGUUACAGCCUAAAAAUGUAUAAUGAAUACUUUAUGUGACCAACUGCUUUUGGACAGAUUUCUUAUAAAUAAAUAUUUUGCCAAAUGGAGUGGUGGGUACUGUUGAGUUGUGGAACUAAUGUGUAUCUAUUGUGUACUGUUAAGCCUGUUCUAUUAUUAUUUGAUGUGUUAGCCCAUGGCAAUGACACUGAGUUUCCAACAGAGCAAUGUAGAGUGUUAUGAAAUGACCUUCUGCCUUCUUUCUGUACUCACUCCCUCUUGCAUCACUUGAUAGGUGUUUGUUGGUAACAAACGUGUAUACACUUACUGAUCUUCAGUAUACACUUACUGCAUGUAUACGUAGGUCAAGUUGCAGACGAUGAAAUGUCCGUGUGUGCUUUUGAGGAUUCUGAUGGAAGAGUUAAAAUGGGAGUGAUAUUGGAAAAGCAGUUUAUUUUCUGCACAUGGCUUUUACAGGAACACCUUUUCUGUGUAUUAUACUUAGCUUUUAAACGUUAUAGUCAUUUAGUGUGGAAUCAUGAUAUCAGAGCGGACUUAACCCAUCAACAUGGAUUCCUUCAGCCCUUUCUAUUUCGCUGUUUGGUUAAGUGAGCAAUAAUUUAAGAGGUGAGAUGUGGUUACUUUGGACACUUGUUCUUUUCCUGAUAUCUUCAGGCAAAGGCCAGCUAUUUCCAUGCACCUAAGAAUGUUGAGAAUGUCCUACAGUUGCAGUCUUUCAAAGUAUAAUUUCUGUAACAUUUUAGAUUUGGACCUGAGCAGCUUGCUGGGUACAUACAGGCUACCUGUGGCUGUUAUAACCUUAGUUAUAUACCCAGGUUUAUUGUUUUAGCCACUUUCUGAACAGCUGCAUUUCAUUCAGCUGCCAAAUUGUUUCAUGGGAGUGAGAUGCUUGUUUUUAACUGUUCAAUAACAUGGUGUGUUUAAUGGCUGUAGCUACCUAUAUUUCCACUUAAAUAGAUUUGUGAACUGGAAUAAUGGUUGGAAAUGUUUAUAUUCUUUUGAUUGCACACUUUUUUAUUGUUUUUACAUUUACUAUUUACACUUAUAUUACAGAAAUUUAGUUUCAUUUCUGUUUAUAGGAUAUGGCUAACUUGUUUAAAUUUAUAUCUUUGCUUAUGUCACUAGGAAGUUGUCUUUCGUUUGGGGAAGGAGAUGGCAUAUUGUAGCCCUCUGCUGCUUUUUUGAAAAUACUCUUGACAGCAUAGAUGUACAGGAGGGCAGCGGACAAGUGGCUGGAGCACGUAAUGUGGAAUUAGGAAAAAAAAUGCCUUCUGGUCUUAGCUCUGCUCCUAGCAGAUACAGUAUCUUGGGUAGAUUAACUUUAAUCUAUGUGUAUCUCACUUGUCUCAUUUAUGAAAUGAGGGUAGUAAUUCUAACACAUCCAUUAUAGCCUCUUUGAGCUCUUUGGGUGAGCUCUUUGCUACGUAAGUGAAGUAUUAUUUAUAUAAAUGUUAUUUUAUUACUGGACUGUGAUCUAUUAGAAGCUGUCAGUCAAAAACCCUACAAACUGUUGUUUGCUGGGGCAGAAUCUAUUACAGCAUGGAUUCUAUUGAAAACAGAUUUGUUUUCAAAUGUAUUUUAGUUCAAAAGAAAGCUCCCUAAGUAAAUUAUGGCUUUAUGAUACUUUUUUUUUUCCAUCAGAAAAAGCUGAGGAUAGUGUUUUUUUGUUUUUUCUUUUUCUUUUUUCCUGACUGUGUUGAUAUCUUGUAUGUAAAUGGUGCAACCACAAGGAAUAAAUCUUCUUGGUGUGAUGCAGAAAAACUGCAGCUUUUUAAUAUUGUAGCAGUUACUGCUUAUUGUAAAUAGGCUUGCUAUUGCUGCCGCUGCCAUCAGUUUGUCUGGUACCUUGAGGAUGAGUAGGCAAAGUGGAAGGAGGAAUUACUUUUUUUUUUUUUUUUUUUUGGUAAAGAAUUUGGGGCACCUCUUAAACCCAAAACUUUAACUCUAAUGAGACACUCUUAGCUGGCCUCUGUGUGAGUGAGUAUGCAGUAUAUAGUCUCAUGGUUCGGACUGGCAAGAAAGCUCGCGUAACGUCACGCCCGUAGCGUUUGGGGCCCGUGCUAACGUUACCUCUUGACUGCAAGCUGAAGAGGCACCUGGACGGGGAGGGCUAAUAUUUGCUGUGUGUUGUGUACUUGGAAGUCCUACUUUGAGUUGUGUCUUAACUACAGGUAUAAUGUAUACCUGUAUGUAGUGUGUAUGCUGAAGUUUGACAUACGCUUUUAACAUCUUUAAUCAUGUUGGUUGCUUUCAUGUUUUUAGUGAAAUGGAGCUUGAUAACAAGACCUGUGCUUUUUAGGAAUGUACGCCUUGGUUUUGUUCCUUUUAAGUCAGAAAGGUAAAUAUUGAAACAUCUAGUCAUAAACGAUUGCACUAUAAACAAAAUAUGUCUUACGGAAAUAAAAUUGGUGGUCUUUAAAUAUCUUUCCCCCGAUUUAGCAGCUGUGCCAGGCAUGCUAGACGUGUUCGGUUAUCCUUAGGAAGGUCGGCGUCGCCCCAGCAGUCCUCGGGCGGUUUUUGUGGGAUCCGUGUGUGUAGAACAGCGGGAAGCGGAGAGCGGAUUAAGACUGUUCGCAUUUCUUCAAAAGCAUAUUUAGCACAUAGUUUACAAACUAAUAACUGUAGCUGCCCUGUACAAUUGUUCACCUCAAGUCUUCAGUAAAACAUGUCAGCGGUUAGAGGAAUUUGUAUCGGGGGUAUUCCCCGUCAUUCUCAAUUUUUAACAUUUUUCUGCUUGUGAAAUGAUAAAGUACUGUGAGCCUUAAUUUUUAUCCACAAAUAAAAAUAUUAUGUUUGAA